AUAACGCUGAAAACCUUACAACAAGAAACUUUUAAAGUUGAAAUUGACGCAACAUUGCCGGUGAAAGAUUUAAAGGCCAAAGUGGAAGAUGUUAAAGGAAAAGAUUUUCCUGUGGCUGGUCAGAAACUUAUUUAUGCAGGUAAAAUAUUAGAUGAUGAAAAGAAAAUAGAAGAAUAUAAAAUUGAUGAGAAAAAUUUUGUAGUUGUUAUGGUCACUAAGCCAAAAGCUACCCCGGUUGCAAAACCUGCAGAAGCCACACCCACUCCAGCUCCGGCUGCAGCCACGCCUGUGCAGGAAACUACCCCAGCGGCUGCCCCUACCCCGACUGUACAACCCUCACAAUCCUCUUUAACGACUACAUCAACAACUAUGUCGUCUGGUACUGUCAUGUCAGAUGACGUGUCAGCGGUGAUGUCGGCCGAGAGUACCCUAGUAACAGGACAGGAGUAUGAGAAUAUGUUACAAGAAAUAAUGAGCAUGGGGUUUGAUAGAGAACAAGUUGUCCAGGCCCUGCGAGCAAGUUUUAAUAAUCCUGAUAGAGCUGUAGAAUAUCUUUUCAAUGGUAUACCAGAUAUACCGGUGGCUGAUGAGCCUCCUCCGGCUGUGGGGGGAGCACCUCCGGCUGCCAGUGCCUCUGCCCCUGACUUAACUUUCCUGAGAACUCAACCCCAGUUUCACAGAAUGAGACAAGUUAUUCGAGAAAAUCCACAGCUUUUACCUACUUUAUUACAACAAAUAGGACAGUCAAAUCCCAAUUUAUUAAGGAUAAUUAGUGAAAAUCAAGAAAGUUUUAUAGAAAUGUUAAAUUCUGAUUUACCAGAGGAAAGUGGAGAACAGCAGGCUGCAGGGGGAGGUAACCCAUUGGCUGGUGGUGGGGGUGGUGGCACCCCUCAGGAAGGUGUUAUUCAGGUUACACCCCAAGAAAAAGAGGCAAUCGACAGACUAACAGCUUUAGGUUUCCCAGAAGGUAUGUGUAUCCAAGCAUAUUUCGCCUGUGAAAAGAAUGAAGAUUUAGCUGCAAAUUUCCUGCUCUCUCAAACUUUCGAAGAGGAA